UUCACUUUUAUUCCGACAUUCAGUUAGGUAACAGAUUGGUUAAGCAACAACUGGCCAACAAAAUUUUUCCAAAAAUCAUUUGAAAAUUUUUCUAAAGUUUUCUAAAGAUGGAGAACGGUCCAGAAUUCAGUUGGGAGUACAGUCAUGGCGGUCAGGGAAAUCCGAACUACUCUCAGAUGGGAAUGAACCAGGCGCCUUCGGGUGGCGGUGGCCGCCAGUGGUUGCACUCGAAUCAGGCGAACACCCACAACUUUAUGCAGGGUUCCAGUCCCCACGGAUCGGGAUCACAUCCACAUCACGCUUCGCCAGGAGAUCCCUUCGGUUCCUACAACCAAAACAUGAUGAACAUGUACACGAAUUUCAAGCCCAGUUACGGACAUUCUCAAGUGGGCCCGGCCAUGGUCCAAGGAGUGGGCAACGAAUCUAGCCAAGAAAUGGGUCAUGGAAUGGGUCGGGGAAUGGGUAACGGAAUGGCUGACUCCAUGGGAAUGAAUGAAGGCAUGAAUCCUGGCAUGAGUCGGGGCAUGAGCAAUGGUCUUGGCGGAGGCAUGGGCGGUGGUUCAAUGCGUGGAGGUCAGAGGUUAGCUGGAGGCUACUCUGGUCGCUCGAAUGAUUCUCUUUUGUACAGGUCUCAAUGAUCCAAACCCUUCCCAAUCCUACCGAGGUAGUUUGUUCUAGAAGUCCUUACUUUUCCAAUCCAUCUCUCCAAAGAUCGUUUUAAUAUCCAUCUAGAGAACUCGGGAGAAACUUUGUCAUAAUCCCAUUUUACGGCGCCUGUAAUUUUGGCUCUAAAACAAGUAGGCAACCCAUAAAUUGUAUUUAUUAUAAUAAAUCGAAAUCUUCCGUUUGAA